AUGGAUUUCUUAAAGAAAAUACAUAUCCAGUCGGAAGACGGUACCCCGGACGAGUGUCAGUUAACUAUUCGAUUACUUGAAAUGUUACGAAAAACGAAAUACGAAUUAGUACAAGAAAAUGGACAACGUCGGUUAACCGCCCCAGAGAUUGUUCGCGGCGAGAAACAACGCGUAAAAGGUGCUGAAAUUUUCUUAGGACGUUUACCCCGCGAUUGUUACGAGGAUGAAUUGAUGCCACUUCUAGAAGGUGUCGGUCGUUUGAUGGAACUUCGAUUGAUGCUCGACUUUUCUGGAUCGACUCGUGGUUAUGCGUUCGCGUUAUUCGAAGAUUCGAAAACUGCCAGAAACGCUUGCGCAAAACUUGACUGUUACGAGAUCAGACCGGGUCAUCGCAUCGGUGUUGUUAAAUCAGUUGAUAAUUGUCGGUUAUUUUUCGGCGGUGUACCGAAAAACAAGUGUAAGGAAGAAUUUUUGGAAGAACUGAAUAAAUUACUCGAGGGUAUUAUUGAUAUCUAUCUGUAUCCGAAUGCUCAAGACAAGACGCAAAAUCGUGGAUUCAUUUUCGUGGAGUUUAGAGACCACCGAGCCGCCGCGAUGGCUAGACGAAAGUUAAUCCCCGGAAAAGUUAUGCUUUGGAACCAUGAAAUUGCGGUUGAUUGGGCUGAUCCUGAGCCUGGCGAUCCUAUUGACGAGGAGAUCAUGGAAACUGUUACCGCUCUUUUCGUGCGAAACUUAUCUUUGGACAUACCGCAACAGAAAAUUCGAGAAAUAUUUCAGAAGACCACGAAAAUCCCUGUGUUGAAGUUGAAAAAAAUUAAUCAUUUUGCGUUCAUCCAUUAUGAAAAUCGUAGGGCGGCCCAAACCGUAAUGAAUAUUAUGACGAGACCUAACGGCGUAGCUCAGGUCGAGGGCUGGGAAAUUACUUGGGCAAAGCCAAUCGGAGCCUCGAAAAUUUUAGAAAGACAGCGAUGUAUUAACGAAGCGGUAGCAAAUUCGAAUGUGAAAAAUCCCGAUCAAAACCGCGGAAAGCAUACCUCAACGAAGAAGCACAAUCAUAAACCGUCGCACAAUCAUAAGCCAACCGUUGAUUUGAACGGUAAUGAAGUAACCGAUGAGUCAUCGGUACAUAUGACCGCUGUGCAGAAUUUUGUUAAGGAAACGUUCAGUGCAUCAUGCGUCUUCACCUGUAUGCGCGUGACAGGUUCAUCGAAUUUUAUGUGCAAAAUUGAUAUUUUCAAAGAUUCACUACUUCUCUUCGAAUAUCCCGGACAACCGAUGCCCACGGAACAAACAGCAAUUAUUGACGCGUGCACAAAAAUGUAUCAUUUCGUCACCAAUACGUUCCGAAACUGUGUAAUACAGGACAACGAACAGUAUCGUACGAAGCAAAAGUUGGGCAUGAACCCUGUGGUUGGGUCACCGGUCUAUUGCAAUAAUUGGAUCAACUACACCUAA